UUGCCAAACUCUCUCUCUCUCGUCAAAACCCAUUAACCAUUGCCGAUAACCCAACUAGAUUACCUGUGAAAGUCUCCUCCUUUUCCUCCCAAUUCCUCAGCUUCUCAAGAGAGAGAGAAAAAAAGAGAUCUCCUUUCGAUAUGGGUUCUUACUUUAAAACCACUUAAAGAAAGAAACAAGAAGACUAAACAAAAUCUCAACAAAAAUGGGUGAAGAACAAACAAGCGAGGAGGAAUCAAGAAGCAACAUCAAGAAAGCAAUCGAAGCCAUCUCCUCACUAAUCUCACUCUCCCACUCAAUCAAAUCCUUCACCGUCAAAUGGCAACUCAUCCGCACCAAACUCCACGACCUCUACUCCAACCUCUCCGCCCUCUCCAACCUCUCCUCCUCUUCCAACGACCCAUCUCUCUCCUCCCUCAUCUCCUCCCUCACAACCUCCCUCACCUCCUGCUACGACCUCGCCACGCGCUGCGUCAACGUCACCUACACAGGGAAGCUCCUGAUGCAAUCCGAUCUAGACCUCAUGGCCGCGAGCUUCGAACUCCACGCGAGGAACCUCUCCCGGAUCUACUCCGCCGGGAUCUUGGCUCACGGCUUCGCGAUCGUGGUCUCCAAGCCUAACGGCGGCGGCGCGUGUAAGGAGGACAUGAGGUUUUACGUUAGGGAUUUGAUGACGAGGAUGAAGGUUGGAGAUGUGGAGAUGAAGAAGGGAGCUUUGGUGAAGCUUAACGAAGGUAUGGAGGAGGAUGAUAGGUAUGUUAAGAUUGUUGUUGAGAGUUCCGACAUGGUUAAUCUCCUUGUCGGGUUUCUUGAUUGCGAGGUUGGGGUUCAGGAGGAAGCGGUGAAAGGUGUGUUUUUUGUUUGUGGGUUUGGUUGUUACGGUUCUGUUUUGGUUCGGUCGGGUGUGAUUGGUCCCUUGGUUAGGGUUCUUGAGAAUGGGAGUUGUGUCGGGAGAGAAGUGGCGGCCAAGUGUUUGUUGAAGUUAACUGAGAAUUCUGAGAAUGUUUGGUCUGUUUCUGCUCAUGGAGGCGUCUCUGCUUUGUUAAAGAUCUGUUCUUGCGGUGAGUUUAGUGGAGAGUUGGUAGCUAGCUCGUGUGGUGUGUUGAGGAAUCUCGUCGGUGUUGAGGAGAUCAAGAGGUUUAUGAUUGAGGAAGACGAUACGGUGAUGACUUUCGUUAAGCUUAUUGGGUCUAAAGAAGAGAUUGUUCAGGUAAAUGCUAUUGAUCUUUUGUUAACUAUGUGUUGUAAAGAUGAGCAGACACGUGAGGUCUUGGUUAGAAAAGGAGGGAUCCAGGAGCUGGUUAGUGUGUUAUCAGAUCCUAAUCCUUCAAAAUCUAAGGAGAUUGCGUUGAGAGCGAUUGAUAACUUAUGUUUUGGUUCUCCCGGUUGUUUGAAUGCGUUGAUGAGUUGCAAGUUUUUGGAUCAUUUGUUGUAUCUUUUAAGCAACGGUGAGAUCUCUGUUCAAGAAUCAGCCUUGAAGGUUACGUCUAGGCUCUGUAGCUUACCAGAAGAGGUUAAGAGGAUAAUGGGAGAGGCUGGUUUCAUGCCUGAGUUAGUUAAGUUUCUUGACGCUAAAUCGUUUGAUGUAAGAGAGAUGGCGAGCGUGGCGUUGUACUGUUUGAUCUCGGUUCCAAAGAACAGGAAGAAGUUUGCGCAAGAUGAUUUUAACAUUAGCUACAUUCUCAAGCUGUUAGACCAUGAAGAUGGGAGGAGCAAUGUGAUGAGCAGCGAUUCGGGUAGCACCAAGUUCUUGAUAUCGAUCUUGAUGUCUUUAACGAGCUGCAACAGCGCGAGGAGGAAGAUUGCGAGUUCAGGGUACUUGAAAAGCAUAGAGAAGCUAGCGGAAACUGAAGGUUCAGAUGCUAAGAAGCUUGUGAAGAAGUUAUCUAUGAAUAAAUUCCGCAGCAUGCUAAGUGGUAUAUUUUAAUAGUUUUUUGUGAAUUUUUUUCUUUUUGAGUGUAUAUUUUUUACAAAGGUGUUUUUGUUAGUUCUAUUCUCACUAAUCUCAAAUCCCAUGUGACCUCCAAUUUCAACUACAAGAAUAUGAAUAUAGCUUUAGCAUGUCUUCUUUUUCUUCUUUUGUUAUUCUUUCUUUUUAAUUUGGUGAAAUGCAAACAAAAACAGUUUUCUUUUUUAGUGGGUAUCUUAAGAAAAGUUGUCUUUUGAAACUCUUUAUU